CCUCAGAACCGGAAGCCGGAAGUCACGCUUCUCUUGUUUCGGAGGCGAAGCGAGCUGAUAGUCCUUAAGCAGCUCUUUCAGAAGUGUGAAUGAACCAAAGAGUGAAAUCAGCACUGGAUCCACACUCUUCCAUCUGCAGCAACAUCGGCUGGCCCUGGAAACAGCAUUCAACAUUGUGGACGCAUCCUGGAAGCAAUUCAUCUCAGCACAGAAACCGUUUACAGUGGUUAACAGAGCAUCAUGUCCCAGGCAACCAAGCGCAAACAUGUAGUCAAAGAAGUGUUAGAGGAAUAUGUGGUUCCUUCAGCGAGACAGCAGAUUGUCCGGGUGCUGGGGACCCCAGGAAACAACCUCCAUGAAGUGGAGACCCCUGAGAGGACGCGGUUCCUGGUCAGCAUGCCCACCAAGUUCCGUAAGAACAUUUGGAUCAAGAGAGGAGAUUUCUUACUGGUUGAUCCCAUCGAAGAAGGCGAGAAAGUGAAAGCAGAAAUCACUUUUGUCCUCUACAAGGACCACGUUCGGUACCUUAAGAAGGAAGGAUAUUGGCCUGAUGCUUUCUUGGGAGACGUAAAAGGAACUCGAAGCAAUACUAAAGAAAGUAGAGAGGGCUUAGAAAGCACCCCUCAGUCUUCUGGGGAACAGGAUUCUGAAGAUGAUGACACUGACUUGUUUGUGAACACAAACCGAAUAACCUACGACUUUAUGGAGAGCGAGGAGAGCAGCGACUCGGAGGAAGAAGAAAAAUAACCACCAGCCUUACGGAGCAGAACAAGCCAGCCUGACACCGUGGUCUAACCCAGAAGGAACGUGGCUCGGAUCUCAGCCGAAGUGAGCGUGGGCUACUAGAUGUGGUCUCUUUAGGGCAGGGGUCUCCAAAUGUGGCAAGCUGAAGACUUGUGGACUCCAUGGCGGUCCGCGGCUGGCUGGGGAAUUCUGGGAAUUCUUCCACAAGUCUUCAAGUUGCCACAUUUGGAGACCCCUGCUUUAGGGGUUCAGGAGCCCCAACUCAGCUUCCCAAAGGACCACUAGAGUUCUCUGGUGCGACGACAUUAUCAUCAUCAGAAGGGCUGUAGUUGAAAUCCUCUGGUUCAGUUUUUGCUUUUUCCUUCUCAGGGUUUUGAGAAUGGGUUACUCUGCCCCGAAAUUUUUUACUCUUGGGGCCAGUUUUGGGCAGUUGUUUUCCUGCUUGGGGUUUGAAUGCUUCCAUUUGAAGUGCUGGAGGCAGCUGUGUGAACAUCUGCAACCUGCUGCAGAUUAAGGAGAAAGCUGGUUCUCGUUCAGCGCAUUGGCUUCCCUCUGUGGGUCCCUGGCCUCUACUCUUAAUUCGCUGUUUCUCUUUCCUUUGUUUGUUUAAUAAAAGCGUCCUUCAAAUGCA